AGACAGUAAAUAUCAUCACAAGAGUGAGUUUAAUUUCCCAACAAUUUAGUUUAAUUAGUUUAAUUGUGUUUAGAGUAAUCACUUUUUUUAUAUUCUAUCGAAAACUGUAUUUUGUAUUUAGUUUGAUUCUUUGAAAAUAUUGAGGUUAUUGUUGGAGUUUCUCUUGUCAAUAUCUCUCAUUGAAAGUUACUGUUUCUCUUUAUUUUAUUUUCUCUUUGUGGUGUUUUUGUUAAUUGUUGUGGUGAAAUGAUGACUUUAUCUAAAUCAUGUUUACCAAGUAACAAUGGAUGUACUCCUAAAUCAACAGCCAAACACAAAAUUCUGGACGAAAAUGAAAACGAAGCGAAUCUUAGUGACAGAGGAAUCAAUUCUAUGGAGGAAUUACCAAGAAUAUUUUAUCUCAACAACAUUACCAGGUUAACAUUGAGUCACAACAAAAUCCGAUCCAUUCCUCCGUCCAUUUCAAACAUGACCAACCUGGAAUCAUUGAAUCUAUUCAACAAUCAAAUUGAUGAAUUACCCACCGCCAUAGUAUCACUGCCAAAAUUAAAAAUCCUCAACGUUGGAAUGAAUCGCUUAUAUAACCUUCCCAGAGGUUUUGGUGACUUUCCAGCAUUGGAGGUAUUGGAUCUUACUUAUAACAAUCUCGAUGCUAAAUGUUUUCCAAACAAUUUCUACACAAUGGAAACAUUGAGAGCACUCUAUUUGGGAGAUAAUGAUUUUGAAUAUUUGCCCGCUGAUAUUGGUCAACUUAAAAAUCUUCUAAUUUUAUGUCUUCGGGAUAAUGAUUUGCUUACUUUACCUCGAGAGAUUGGACAACUCACUCGAAUCAGAGAGCUACAUAUUCAAAACAAUCGACUAAGUGCCUUACCUCCUGAACUUGGAAACCUCGAUCUUUGUUCAAAUCGAAGCGUUUGUCGAAUGGAAGGAAAUCCUUGGAUUCCACAAAUUGCCGAUCAACUUCAAAUCGGAGUUUCUCAUGUAAUCGAUUUUAUUCGUCAAGAGGCCUACAAAUUCUUGUACAGUCGAAGCCAAGGAAUUUCAUCGACCGCUGUUCCACCUCGAAACGAUGAAAGAAAAUCAAAGAAAAUCUCCCGAGUUCGAGUUAAAUAGAAACGAGAGAAAAUUUAAAAAAGAACAACAAGAAAAAGAUCUUAAUCGCAAUCAACCCAAUCUCCAACAAGAACAGCAUUUAUUAAUCAUCCACCUAUUCAUUCAUCUUUAAUUAUCUACUCUUUUAAUUGUCCAAAACUUUUAACAAAACACACAAACGACAAUCUGAUCUGAUCCUGUGACGAUUACCAACCAACUGCCUAGACAAUAUAAUCUAUUACCCAUAUUAUCAUUGAAUGGACAUUUACAACUGCUUUGAAAUCAAAUUGAAUUUUACUAACUCAAAAAAAAAAAUUUCUUAAUCUUCAAGUUGAUUAAGAUGAAAACUAAAUCAAUUUAAUAACAAUUAUCGAUCAAAUUUUAAAUUAAACAUCUUCUUGGAGAAAUCACUUUGUAAAUAAGACGAAACAAUGUUAUCCAUUUUUAGCCAUAACAAAACCACUUAUUUAGCCCAUUUGAUGUAAUAAAAUGCUUAAUAAAUCAUAACAACAAUUAAACUAAUUA